AUGCCGAAUAUGAUACUGUCGUUAGCUCAUUUCUGCGACAAGCAUGGCCCUCGUGUUUUGCUAGGUACCCAGUUUGCCGUGGAUGGAGCUUCUUUACUUUUGCCGGACUAUGCAACCGAGACAUUCUGUGAGUCGUGCUCGAUGAAGUUUCCCAAUAAUGACACCUCAUCGCGAUCGAUACGUACACGUAUGAGGGGAAAGGACUAUGUUUCUACCAACUAUCCAGCGGUGCGAUACCAGUUGGUGUCAUCAAUCAUAAGACACAUGUUUUCUGAGGAGACUAUGGCGUAUGAUAGUGCACCAUUAUCGUUUUUCGAUGAAUCCAAGGGUCUGAACUUGGCGAUGGGUUUCAAGUUGCCAGACACAGAUGCUCGUGGUGAUGAAAGGAGGUACGCACUACUACUCACCAUCGAUAGUCCCGACUAUGCAUCCUCGAUGAAAAUAUUGGCAAAGCAUUGGGAGUUCACAACGUACAGUUUUCGGAAGAUCAUAGAUUACAUCAAACAACGACGAAAGUUGGAAAUGAAGCGCAGUUUUGCGGAAAAUGUUCCACAAGAGUUCACUCCUAUGGGUGGGACGUACUUAAAAGGUAAUAAUUACAAAAUUCCGCGAAACUUGGCAUCGCUAACUAACGAUGAUCUGCUGUUUGUGCGGCUUCACAAGUGGAACACUUUCAUUCUGGAUGCCUUGAACUCUGAUGUAGCAUGA